CAAAGGUUAUAUCAUGCUGACAGAAAUGGCUCCGCAUGAUCACUUGUCUCUCUGCUUGUGCGAUGUUAUCAGGCUGCUGUGGUCCCUGUUCCUGCCGUGCCUGUAUCUGUGCCUGGUGCUGUCCGCACUCCUGGUCAUCCUCGUCAUGGGGGUGAGGAUGUGGCUGCAGCAUAGCAGGAGCGCCCGCCUGGCCCGGGAGAACAGCCCGGUCGUGGCCUUCUUUCACCCGUACUGCAACGCCGGAGGGGGCGGGGAGCGGGUCCUCUGGUGUGCUAUCAGGGCCCUGCAACACAGGUACCAGGACGUCUCCUUCGUGGUGUACACGGGAGACGAGGGUGUGACAAGCGAGCAGAUCCUGGACGGUGCGAGGCGGCGCUUCAACAUCAGGCUUCCGCGACCGGUCAGGUUCGUGUUCCUGAAGCACCGCUUCCUGGUGGAGGCGACCCUGUACCCGCACUUCACGCUGCUCGGCCAGAGCGUAGGCUCCGUCUUCCUGGGCUGGGAGGCGCUCUGCGAGUUCGUGCCCGACAUCUACGUGGACUCCAUGGGCUAUGCCUUCACGCUGCCCAUCUUCCGCUACCUGGGCGACUGCCGCGUCGCCAGCUACGUGCACUACCCUACGGUGAGCACCGACAUGCUGUCUGUGGUGCGCGAGCGGAACCCGCGCUUCAACAACCCUGGCUACAUCGCGCACAACCCGGUGCUGAGCGCCAUCAAGGUCAUGUACUACUGCGCCUUCGCCCUGCUCUACGGCCUUGCCGGCUCCUGCAGCCAUGUGGUCAUGGUCAACUCCACAUGGACGCUGGGUCACAUCCUGGCGCUGUGGCGAGCGCCGAACCGCACCGUUAUUGUCUACCCGCCCUGCGACGUCCAGGCCUUUCUGGACGCCCCGCUGGAGGAGGAUGCCAGCCGGAAGUGCCACACGGUGGUGUCGGUGAGCCAAUUCCGACCGGAGAAAGACCACCGGCUGCAGAUCUGCGCUUUCCGGACCCUCCUGGACAGGAAGCCGGCGGGACUAGAGCGCGGGGCGCUGAAGCUGGUGCUUGUGGGCGGCUGCCGGAACCAGGAGGACGAGGACAGGGUGCUGAUGCUGAGGGGGCUGUGCCAGGAGCUGGGUGUCGCUGACAGGGUGGAGUUCAAACUGAAUGUGCCCUUCGAGGAGCUGAAGGAGGAGCUGGUGGGGGCCACUGUGGGGCUGCACACCAUGUGGAACGAGCACUUCGGCAUCAGUGUGGUGGAGUGCAUGGCGGCCGGAGCAGUGGUCCUGGCCCACAGAUCCGGGGGUCCCCGGCUGGACAUCGUGGUGCCGUAUGAAGGCGCCCCCACGGGCUUCUUGGCGGACGACGAGAGCAGCUAUGCCGACGCGCUGGAGCGAAUCCUCUCGCUGAGCCCUGCCGCCAGGCUGGAGGUCCGGCGUAACGCCCGCCGCUCUGUCACCCGCUUCUCCGACCACGAGUUCGAGGCCUCCUUCCUGGCGGCCAUGGAGCCCCUCAUGGAGACCCUGGUGCGGUGAGAGUGGAUGCAGCCACCCCACCUACCGCUCCCAUCCGGUGUCGAUCCCCGGGGUCCGAUUUCUGCACAUCCGUCCCCCUCGUGUCCGUCGACUCCGGUGGGACCGGUGUGCCGCUCAGCGGAAUCAUCUAGAAUCAUCACGACUCCAGUUUACAUCUCAUUCCGCUAUUAAUAGUCCUGUUCAGCAGAAUUCUUACAGUCUGGAUGGCAGUAGCUGAGUAAACCGCACGGUACGUUUCCUUAGUACGCCACAGUCCCCCUUGUGUUUCCGCACCAUUCCGACUCUCCCGUCAUGGCCCGACACGACCUGACGUGACCCGACAUGGCUGUCUGUCCCCGCACGCGCUCCGAGGACCAGUAGUGGACCAGACCGCUGCCCUUCCAGCCGCAGCACUGUAAAUAUGCUCUCGUCCUCAGAACUGCACACGCCGUCAACUCGCUGGUGUUUGUUUGGGAUCCGAAAGGCCCUCGAGGCUGUGUGUCACGUUCGGCUUUUACUUUGCGUCAUUAAAUUAUCAAGCAGUCUUUAAUAUUGUUUUCAAAUACCAUGGUAAUCCUUAAUCUGUGACUUUACCUUGGUGUAAAAGGCGGUUUUGUGUUUUCUCCAGUUUUAACCUUUGGUGAGAAAAAAAAUGUAGAGACGUAGAGUUCGUAUGGAGGGUGAAGCUGGACGUGUUCUUGGGCACCACCCUCACACUGCGUCUCCUGGCUGGACCACCCUGAGUCCGACUUUUUGACCCUGCUGGAUUCCAUCAAGUAUGUGGGAAAAGAGGUUGGUGGACAAAAAUCGACUGUGUGGGAUCAUGGAUUCACUCUACGUGUCUCGUCAUCUGACCGGGGCUCCAGGUGCUCUUCAUCUACAUGUACGUACGCUUCCCGUUGCCUGUCGUCUGUCCUCGUACAUCUCUACGUGAUUUUAUGUCACUUGGCGUCAGAGGGGAUGGACAGUGUGCACUUCUCUCUCACAUUAUUGACAGAAACUUUAGUAUGUAAACAAAUUCCCUCUGACAGCUUUGGUCUCUGCUGAGUUCUUGGUUUUUCAGCACAUCUGACCUCUGUGUGGAUCGAACGGUACCCCUGUAACCCUUUCUGUUUUAUAGAGAUGGAUGCAACACGAAUCGCUCCGUGGUAAUCAAACACUUACGGUGGUUAAAGUACUGGCUGUGCUUCUAGGAAAUAUAUUUGUGAAACAAAGUUUUUUUUUUUUUUUCUUUUUCAUAUCCAGUAAACGGCAACAAAGAGAGCGCCAACAAUGGUACAUUACUGCACUUCCUCACUCGCAGAACUGUCACGUCUCUCGACCUUGGAUUUUUGACUUGGACGGGCUUUGAAUUUCGUUAUACAGAUAUCCCCCGACUUACGUACGGGGUUGAAGGACCGUCUAUUUGCGUAAGUCGAAAUUUCUGCAUGUCGGAUUCCCUUCCUCCCCCACCAUUCAGCAUAAUGACAUUAAUAAUUUUUCCAUCUCAGUUGUUGCACCUUGACGUUUCUUCGUUAUUCUUGUCGUUUUCACGCUCGCUCUUCCUUUCACUGCUCCUUUAUACCUUCAGCAUCACUAUCGUAUUUUUAGUCGAUACGACCAAACCUGGUUCCCGUUCUGCAGAUCAUAAUCUUUGUCCACCUUCAAACUUCCUUAUUAUUUUCAAUCUCAGCUCCAAAUCGAUUGCUGGAUGCUUGGGAGACGAGUCUCGUUUUUUUCAAGUGCACAUUUACUAGCAGGAACUGUGAAUAAUGAAAAGGGUAAAAAUAUGGGAAAAAAGCACUACGCUAAUGAGAGGAGAUGAGUUCACAGCUCAAAACGUGCGAGAACUGGGAACGUGGAGCUUCCUGCUUUGUCUGGUUACGCCGACUUGCGCUGAAUGUGUUUCAGAUGUUUUGCGUAAAAUAAA